ACUUGGGUGCACCUUGCUCGUGUUGCCGGUGGAACACAUGCUGCCGGUAACCACAGAGUUAGGGAAGUUCAACCCCACCGACAGACUUGGGCAAGUUUGGAAACCCGAUAGGGGGGUGCAGUAUGCGCAGUUGAUGCACCACGGCUAAAAAUAACCAUCACUCACUGAACACUGGCGCGUAUACACCAGGCAAACGGAAUGAACGAGCGCCAAUAAGAACUUCUCUUUUUUUUCAUUUCGUGGCUUGCCUGGACCAAUCGUGUGGCAUGGCGCUCUCCUUCUGUGGUAACGAUGUGAAUAAGAGUGCCUACGGGGUGGAGAAGGGCGUGCUGAACAACGGCUGCUUCGUCGACGCCCUCAACCUGGUCCCUCAUGUCUUCCUCCUCUUCAUCACCUUCCCUAUCCUUUUCAUCGGUUGGGGCAGUCAGAGCUCCAAGGUCCAGAUCCACCACAACACCUGGCUCCACUUCCCUGGACACAACCUGCGCUGGGUCCUCACCUUCUCCCUGCUCUUCAUCCACGUGUGCGAGAUUGCCGAGGGCAUUGUGUCCAACAAUGAGAUGAGCACCAACCACCUGCACCUGUUCAUGCCUGCGUUCAUGGGCUUCAUAGCAGCAACCACCUCUCUGGUGUACUACCACAACAUCGAGACCUCCAACUUCCCCAAGCUACUGCUGGCCCUGUUCAUCUACUGGGUCCUAGCCUUCAUCACCAAGUCCAUCAAGCUGUGGAAGUUUGCAGAGCUGGGCAUCAGCAUCCAGCACCUGCGCUUCUGCAUCACGGCGCUGCUGGUGCUCCUGUACGGACUGCUGAUGGCUGUGGAGGUCAACGUCAUCAGGGUCAGGAAGUACGUGUUCUUCUCCAACCCCCAGAAGGUGAAGCCUCCAGAGGACCUCCAGGACCUGGGAGUACGCUUCCUGCAGCCCUUUGUCAACCUGCUGUCCAAGGCCACCUACUGGUGGAUGAACCAGCUGGUGAUGGGAGCUCACACCAGGCCCAUCGAGCUGAAGAAGAUCGGCAAGCUGCCCAUCGCCAUGCGGGCCCUCACCAACUACCUCCGACUGAAGGAUGUGUAUGAGGAGCAGAGGAGGGCGGAGGAGCCGGAGCGCGCCCCCUCCAUGUGGCGGUCCAUGUACCAGGCGUUCGGCCGGCCCAUCCUCCUCAGCAGCACCUUCCGCUACCUGGCCGACCUGCUGGGCUUCGCUGGGCCGCUCUGCAUCUCUGGCAUCGUCAGCAACCUGGCCAACCAGACCGUCACCACGCGCUCAGACCAGGACUUUGUAGAUGGGAUGUACUUCAUGCCGGUCACCCAGCUCCUGAGACACAGCUCUGUCCUGGCGGUUCUCCUGUUCCUCGCUCUGGUUCUCCAGAGAACCUUCCUGCAGGCCUCCUACUACGUCACCAUAGAGACCGGCAUCAACCUCCGCGGUGCCCUCCUGGCUAUGAUCUACAACAAGAUCCUGCGCCUGUCCACCUCCAACAUGUCCAUGGGGGAGAUGACUCUGGGCCAGAUCAACAACCUGGUCGCCAUAGAGACCAACCAGCUCAUGUGGUUCCUGUUCCUCUGUCCCAACUUGUGGGCCAUGCCUGUACAGAUCGUGAUGGGAGUGAUCCUGCUGCACUACCUGAUGGGCCGCAGUGCCCUGGUGGGGGCGCUAGUCAUCGUGCUGCUGGCUCCUGUCCAGUACCUCAUCGCUACCAAGCUGGCUGACACGCAGAAGAGCACCCUGGACCACUCCACAGACCGUCUGAAGAAGACCACAGAGAUCCUGAAGGGCAUCAAGCUUCUGAAGCUGUACGCCUGGGAGAACAUCUUCUGUGACAGUGUGGAGGACACCCGGGGCAAGGAGCUCACCAGCCUGAAGACCUUCGCCCUCUACACCUCCAUGUCCAUCUUCAUGAAUGCAGCCAUCCCCAUAGCAGCAGUGUUGGCGACUUUUGUGUCCCAUGUCCUGAUUGAUGACCACUGCCCUGAGCCGUCGAAGGCGUUUGCUGCCCUGGCCCUGUUCCACAUCCUGGUCACCCCCCUCUUCCUGCUAUCCACCGUGGUCCGCUUCGCAGUCAAGGCCCUGGUCAGCGUGCAGAAGCUGGGGGAGUUCCUGGAAAGUGAUGAAAUCGGUGAUGACAGUUGGAGGAACGGGGACAUGCCCGUUUCCUUGGAAACAUGCAAAAAGCCUCCUGGGCAGACUAAGGCCAUCAACAGGAAGCAGCCCCUGAGGUACCAGCUGGAGGGCUACGACCCCCCCUCUCGCCGCACCAUGCGGCCCCACGAGACCGAGGACGUGGCUGUCAAGAGGCGGUCAGCAUCUCGUCUCUCAUGGAAAAUCCAGAUUCUCACGAGAAAGCAGAGACCACAGACGCCUCAACCUUUUCUCAGCCCCUCUACUGUGUUUGGGGUUCACUUCCUGUGUGGUCACUUCCUGUGGGAAUCCCUGACCACAGCUCUGUUAAUUGGUUCUGGGGGCCUGGGAAGCAACAUGGUUAAACGGUGUGCCUAUGGUACGUGUCGAUCUGACUCUAGAUAUCCCAAUAGUUUAGAGGGAGGUGUGGUAUUUUUUCCAUUUGCAGAGCCGAAGACUCAAGAGGGAAGGUGCCGGCAGUGGAUAAAACCGUGUGGGGACCCCACUCCCAACGUGAACAACGGAUUCUUCACCUGGGGAAGCAACCUUUCCACGCUGUCCGACAUCAACAUCCGUAUCCCCACAGGUCAGCUGACCAUGAUGGUGGGCCAGGUGGGUUGUGGGAAGUCCUCGCUGCUCCUCGCCAUGCUGGGAGAGAUGCAGACCAUCAGUGGCAAGGUCUUCUGGAGCAAACUGCCUGAUUGUGAGAUGCUCCACGAGGGGAAUAUAAGCUGGUCUGAGUGGGAGGAGCCUGUUGAAGACAUCAGGAGUAAGAACAGGUACUCUGUGGCCUAUGCUACCCAGAAGUCCUGGCUGCUAAACGCCACCGUGGAGGACAACAUCACCUUCGGCAGCCCCUUCAACAAGCAGAGGUACAAGGCCGUGAUAGACGCCUGCUCCCUGCAGCCUGACAUCGACCUGCUGCCGUUCGGAGACCAGACAGAGAUCGGAGAGAGGGGCAUCAACCUGAGUGGAGGGCAGAGACAGAGGAUCUGUGUGGCCAGAGCUCUGUACCAGAACACCAACCUGGUCUUCCUGGAUGACCCGUUCUCAGCGCUGGAUAUCCACCUGAGUGACCACCUGAUGCAGGAAGGCAUCUUGAAGUUCCUGCAGGAUGACAAGCGCACCGUGGUGCUUGUCACCCACAAGCUGCAGUAUCUCAUCCAUGCUGAUUGGAUCAUUGCGAUGAAGGAUGGCAGUGUUCUGCGGGAGGGCACUCUGAAGGACAUCCAGACUCAUGACGUGCAGCUGUACGAGCACUGGAAGACCCUUAUGAACCGCCAGGACACCGAGCUGGAGAAGGACCCAGAGCCAGACUGCCAGACGGCGCUGGAGAGGAAGACUCUCAGACGAGCGUUCUACUCCAGAGAAGCCAAGAACCAGAUAGAUGACGAGGACGAAGAGGAGGAAGAGGAGGAGGAGGAUGAUGACAGCAUGUCCACCACCACUAGCAGGCGCUCUAAGAUCCCGUGGGGGGUGUGCUGGCGUUACCUGUCGUCUGGAGGCUUCUUCAUGGUCUUCCUCAUGGUGUUCUCCAAACUGCUCAAGCACUCCGUCAUGGUCGCCAUCGACUACUGGCUGGCGGCCUGGACCUCCGCUGACAAGACCAACAGCAGCCGCGCGGUCAGAGACUCCGGACCUGGGAACCGCACCGGGAAUCUCACCCUGUCCUUCUCUACCGAGGAAGAGAAGCUGGACCAGUACUACAUGCCCGUGUUCAUCAUCCUGUGUGGCGCUGGCAUCCUGCUGUGUCUCGUCACCUCUCUGUCUGUGGAGUUCCUGGGUCUGUCUGCUGCCACCAACCUGCACCACAACCUGCUCAACAAGAUCAUCCAUGCCCCCAUCAGGUUCUUUGACAUCACUCCUCUGGGACAGAUCCUCAACAGGUUCUCUGCAGACACCAACAUCAUUGACCAGCACAUCCCCCCCACCCUGGAGUCUCUGACACGCUCCUCCCUGCUGUGUUUGUCAGCCAUCGGGGUCAUCGCCUUUGUGACCCCGGUCUCCCUGGUCGCCCUCGUGCCCCUGGCCGUCACCUUCUACUUCAUCCAGAAGUACUUCAGAGUCGCCUCCAAGGACCUCCAGGAUCUGGAUGACUCCACCCAGCUGCCUCUGCUCUGCCACUUCUCAGAGACAGCCGAGGGACUGACCACCAUCCGAGCCUUCAGACACGAGGCUCGGUUCAAGCAGAGGAUGCUGGAGCUGACAGACACCAACAACACAGCCUACCUGUUCCUCUCUGCUGCCAACCGCUGGCUGGAGGUCCGCACUGACUACCUGGGGGCGGUGAUCGUGCUGACAGCAGCCAUAGCCUCCAUCUGGAGCUCUGACUACAGCCUUCCCUUCUGGUUCAACCUGGACCCUGAGCGCACCUGUACAGACGACCGGCUGUGGGAGGCGCUGGAGAUCGCCCAGCUGAAGAACAUGGUGAAAGCCCUGCCUGGGGGCCUGGACGCGGUGGUGACGGAGGGAGGGGAGAACUUCAGUGUGGGCCAGAGGCAGCUGUUCUGUCUGGCCAGGGCCUUCGUCAGGAAGAGCAGCAUCCUCAUCAUGGACGAGGCCACCGCCUCCAUCGACAUGGCAACCGAGAAUAUCCUGCAGAAGGUCGUCAUGACGGCGUUCGCUGACCGGACAGUGGUCACCAUCGCACACCGGGUGCACACCAUCCUGACAGCAGACCUGGUGAUUGUGAUGAAGCGAGGGAACAUUCUGGAGUCCGGCCGGCCGGAGGAACUGCUGGAGCAGGAGGACGGCAUGUUCGCCUCCUUCGUCCGCGCGGACAUGUAGCCCCGCUCCCGCAUGGAGGCCACGCCCACUGAAUGGAGGCUCCUCCCCCUCGCAUGGAGGCUCCGCCCAACACAUCAAUAAGACUGCUCAUCCAGACGACGAUCAGUCAGUUUAUGGAUCAUCUGUCCGUCCAGAGAUCCUGCUCACAUGUCUUCAGCCUCCCAGCUGAGAUCUGCUGUUAAAGCCUUUUGGACUGUGGGAUUGAUCAAUAGACUGGUUGAUUGGUUGAUUGGUCGACAUUUUGAGGUACUUUAAGGGCCGUGGUAGUUUUAUAUGCAUAAGUAUUUACUGUAUUUGUUUUUAAAUUACAUCUAAUCUAGUUAUAUAUGCAAACAUAUUCUUCUAUAUCUAACCUGAGAUCUGAGCUGUUGAAGUGUGCAGCAGUGUGUGGUUCUGUGUUCUACUGGGUCCUGUAAGCUUCUGCUGGGUCCUGUAUGGUUCUGCUGGGUUCUGUAAGGUUCUGCUGGGUUCUGUAAGGUUUUGUAAGGUUCUGUUGUCAACACCAGGACUGAGACAGCCAAUCACACAGUCCUUACAGACCCUCAAUGAUGACUUCACCCAAUGGGUGAUCAGCAUUGUUAUUGAUUAGGGAAGACUCCACCCUCCUCCCCCUCAGCCAGCCAAGCCCCUCAGCCAUAGGUCAGAACCUGUCACUAAGAUCUGAUUCUCUGGGCUAUACUCUGGUCUGUGUGUGUGCAGGACUGGUGUGGCUCUACGUAUCGAUGCUGUUUCAUAUAUCCACUUUGUACUGCCUGGAUGUCAAGUGCUGUACUGCAAGGCAGAAUCUUUCUUUUUGGCUGUAAUUCUACUGUGCCGUAUUGAUUUUGUAUUUUUUCGUGAAACUGAUGUCUCAUUGUUUGAGUGAUGGUCUCUCUCUCUCUCUCUCUCUCUCUCUCUCUCUGGUCCUUCAUCUCCUAACCACUCGUGGUGAACACACAGCUGGGGGUUAACACAGGCCAUAUAUUACGAGUCACACUCUUACACCCCAGGGCCAGUGUCACUGUCCUGCUGAAACCAAUCUGCACUGUCCUGCCAAACCAGUGUUACCCUUAACACCUCUGCUAUGCCCACGUCCUCCCCCCUAAGAGAGACAGAGGUGAAGGGGGGGGGGGUUGGUCAAGGUUAAGGCAGAACAAGGAAACAGUUAGUCUGAUCCCAGAUCAGAUCGUGAGUUAACCCUUUAGUUGUGUGGAUGAAGCCUUUAAACCUGACUACUGCUGUUCACGGUGUCUGGCUUGAAUCCCUGCUAUAGUGACUGUUAUUUCAAUCACAAUAUUACACACUCUCUACAAACCCUCACCCUUUAAUUAUGCAAACUGUCACUUUCAUUUUUACUUAAUUUCACUCUCACUGUUUGUGCUACUUUUUUCCUUCUGAGAAUGCACAUUUUGUUUAAUGAUUACAGUUAUCAUAGAUAAGUGUCUGUCUUAAGUGUAUACUUGAUAUCAUAACUAUCCUUGAUAUUUUCAAUCAACUGUCAACUCGAAUAUCAAAACAUUAUAGCGUGCCUACUUUUUAUACACUUGAAAUGUUAAUAAA